AUGAGCUACAAAACUGUUGCAGAUUCAUCACAACUCAAAUUUGCCGAGAAACUUGUAAUUCUCAAUGAUCGAGCAGUUGGAAUGUUGACUAGAAUUUAUAAUAUGAAGAAAGCUUGUGCUGACCCAAAAUCGCAGCCACAAUUUCUUAACGACAAAACACUUGAAUCGGCUAUUUCUUAUAUUGUUAAACGAUUUCCAGUAAUUGAUAUUAAACGAAAUUCUACAGUUUAUUCAUCCAUCAACGAUAUGAAGGGGAAUAUUAUCAAAAAAUUGUCUUUGUAUUAUUACACAUUUGUGGAUUUGUUGGAUUUGAAGGAUGCUAUUUUGCAGCUUUUUACUGCUAUGGAUGCUAAUCAAUGUCGAUUAAAUAUUAAUCAAAAUCUCGACUUGACAACAAGCUUUUUAAAUUUGGUAGUCAAUUUUUGUUCAUUGAUGGUUCUUCUUUCACGUGUUGAUGACAGAAAAACUGUCUUAGGCCUUUAUGCAGCUGCCUAUGAUAUAUUACAUACUGGAAGUGAAACAUCCUUUCCAAGACUUGGCCAAAUGAUUGUGGAUUAUGAACAACCUUUUAAAAAGCUUUCUGAAGAUUUGGGACUUUCUUAUAGAGUAAUCAGUUCAGCACUCGAAUCAUUAAAAGAAACCUACUUUAGAAGAAAUAUCUCUGCUGAACAACAACGAGAUUCUGCUAUGAUUUCGCUUACUGCAAAUCCUCGACAUAUGUUGUAUGCUGCACAAACUAAUACUAUAGCUUGUGAGUAUAUGUCCCUUGACACAAUGGAUCGUUGGAUUAUUUGUUUGUGUUAUAAAUAG